AUGGAGUUAGCGCAGAGAAACCGGAUAUGGAGCAACAUCUAUUUAGCUUUGAAAAAGAAAGGCACAUGGANAACAACGGACCCGGAUUAUGGAGUUAGCGCAGAGAAACCGGAUAUGGAGCAACAUCUAUUUAACUUUGAAAAAGAAAGGCACAUGGAGAUGCUGCAGGAUUGGCAGACGAAUCGAAAGAAAAUAGUGAGGGAUACGGCAGAACAAAAUAAAAGCCACGAAUGGCAUACAUACCAAUCCAAAUUACUGACAGCGUCGAACUUUGUCAAAGUGUGUCGGCGAAGGAAAACAACCAAGUGUGGAAAUUUGGUAAAGUCACUGCUGUAUCCAAACAUAUUGAAUCUGCCUGCCAUUGAAUAUGGUCGGCAGUGUGAGAAUAUUGCCCGCGAACAACUUGCGAAGGAGGAAGACGUGGAAAUCCGCAAAUGCGGUCUCUUCAUUGAUGCAGAGAUACCAUUUUUGGGGGCAACUCCGGACGGCAUAAUUGACGACGACGGUAUCGUGGAAAUUAAAUGCCCGAAGACGGCAGAAAAAUUCUCGCCAGAAGAAGCGAUAAAAAAUAUUCAACCCGUACGAAGAAUAUUUGAAGAUGAUGCAGGUACUGCAUUACGCAGAACCCAUCACUAUUUUUACCAAGUGCAGGGACAACUGCACAUAACAGGUCGACAAUAUUGUCUGUUUUGUUUGUGGACACCAAAGGGUAUGAAAACUAUAAAAGUAACCAAAGACGACACAUUUUGGUAGAAUGAAAUGAAAUCGAAAUUGUUGCGAUUCUACGUCCAUUGCAUGUUGCCCGAAAUAUUGGACAGUCGCUACAUUAGGAACAUGAGUAUCCAAGAGGCCACAGAAACGGAGUACAAAAAACCAAUUGUGAUUAGCACAAAAUUAAUUAAAAAACCUGAAGCGAACCCACGCACUGUCGGGUCGCACACUUAGUGUGCGCGUUCGCUGAUUAUUUCAGCGAAGGAAAAUUUAAAAAGAUCUUAGCUCGCGAGUCAUUAGAUUCGCAGUGGCGAAAUAUAUUAGGCCAGCUGGCUCGAGGGACAGCUAGGCCUAACCUGGCGAACUUGGUGGCUGCCAA